AGUCGCGAUGAAGACGUGCAUCGGCAAGCGAGUGGCCGUAAUUGGUGCAGGACCAGCCGGACUAGCCGCGGCCAGACACUUUACGGCCGCAGGAUCGCCCUUCGAGUGCACCGUUUUUGAGCAGGGCGAUGACCUGGGCGGCACAUGGAGACUUUCAGAACACGUUGGCACCGACUAUCGGGGCAGACAAGUCCACUCCAGCAUGUACAAAAAUCUAAGGACAAAUUUACCCAAGGAGAUAAUGUGCUACCCUGACUAUCCCUUUCCGGAGUACCCUGAGUCGUACGUCAAAAGUGGCAAAGUUCUAAAAUACCUUGAGGACUAUGCGUCACAAUUUGACCUGCGGCGUCUGAUUAAGUUCAACCGCGUUGUACUGGAAGUAUUGCCGGUUAAAAGUGCAGAGGAGGACAAGACAUACCCUGAGUGGAAAGUGACGACCUUGGAUAUUGUCACCAGCAAGAAGGAAACAAACUUAUUUGACGGAAUCAUGGUCUGCAAUGGGCACCAUAGCGACCCUGAGAUUCCUGAGGUGGAAGGAAUUGAGAAGUUUGGUGGGCACGUCAUGCACAGCCACGACUAUCGCGAGUCCACCCCUUUCAAAGGGCAAAGGGUUUUGGUGGUCGGAGCCGGCCCUUCCGGACUGGAUAUUGCCCUCGAAGUGUCUAAAGAAGCCAAAACCGUGACACUAAGCCACCACAUGAAGACCCCUGAAAUCAAUUUUCACGGAAAUGUCAACCAGGCACCUGAUAUUGAGUGCUUUAUGUAUGAGAAAAUUAUUAAGUUUGUGAAUGGAUCCCUUCAAGAGUUUGACUCCGUAAUUUUUUGCACAGGGUAUCGUAACAGUUUUCCGUUUUUGCACAAGGACUGCAAAAUCACAACCGACGGCUACGGAGUAGAGCCACUUUAUAAGCACAUGAUCAACAUCGAGUACCCGACUAUGUGCCUGACCGGGUUAGUGACCUUUGUUUGUCCUUUCCAACUCCUCGACCUACAGGCGCGAUUUUCCUUUAGCCUGAUGAGUGGCAAGUGUGAUUUGCCCAGCAAAGAGGAAAUGUACGAGGAGCUGAGAGCCGAUCAGGAAUGGCGGAGGAACAAAGGAUUGGGACCACGUCAAGCUCACAAACUAGGCUCUCUCCAACAACAGUAUUAUGAUGAGUUGGCCCAAAUCGCCCACAUCGAGAGCAUUGACGUGGUCGUGUCGAAACUCAGUCUUGAGAGCACCAAGCGCAUCUUCAGCGACUUGUGCACCUUCCGUGAGGCCAAAUUCAAAAUUAUCGACAAAGAAAACUACAUUGAAUUGUAAAGAGGAAAAGCAUUUCCCUCUUAUUAUUAUUAAAUUUAAUGCAAAAUCUACCGUUAAAGUGCACUCUUUAUUGGAGGCAUAUAUUUUUAUUUUCCCAUUGUUGGAACAAUUGUAUAACUCUUGAUAAGAGUUACCAUUUAUAGACCAAUAUAAAAAGCAACUGUAUAUUCGAAAGAGGACUUUUGUUGAAAGCCGGCCGGGCAGAAUAAAUUAAAAUAACUACGCGUGUAUAUGUGUAAAAAGGAAGAAUAAAAGGAAACAUCUUUAUGGCUAGGGUUUCUUUCUUGUUUCCAAUGCGUGCACUUUGAGAGGAGCUCUAGAUAAGCCCUCGUCCCGUCUAACCUGCUCCGACAGCUAUGGCUAGAAUGUCCGUUCAACCGCGAAUUAUGAGCUGAACAAACAUCUCGAUUCACUUAAUAAUGGGGCGUCUUUUAUACAUUAUUGCCACGGCCAUGGCUCGAAUAUAAAAUCAUAUAAAAUGAAUAAAAGAUGCGGUGAAAGAUAGAGAUAGUUUUUAAUAAGCUCUGAAUAUAAUAAUAUGGAUUGGUAAAAUUAAUUUUUGUAUAUCCAAGUUGUUGCAAGUUUAAUUAAUUUUGUUAUAAGAACUGUAGUUUAUAUUUAGUGUAAUAAGUAAUAAUCAAUAAAAAUUUAAA